CAACAGUUGCCACGAGCAGCUGGGCUUAGGGCACGCCAUUUGCCCAGCCGGUUGUCCCUUCUGCAUCGUCCCCUCCCUCUCUCCUCCAAGGCCGAGGACAGCGAAGGCCGCCUCCCUCUUCUCCUCCUCUUUGGUGCCUGCAGCCAAGAGGCGGGAGUGACCCACAGCAGCUGACCCAGCAGGGCACUGCCUCUCGCACAGCCCUCGCCCUCGGACACACCAUGGGCCCAGAGGCGGGUUUGCAGCACAGCAGCGACGACGCAGGCGGCAGCCCCGGCGACUCGCAACUGCCUCCCUGACCACCGCGACCACCGCCCGGCACCCCGAAAAGCCAUCGUCACCAACGGCAGGUGAACUCAGGGCCCCCAAACCAUCUAGGGGCGAUAGACGCAAGCUACGACAACAACUAUGGCGGGCGACGGGCGGCGGGCGGAGUCGGUGAUUGAAGGAUGGGGGCUGCACGUGACACCCCGGGCCCCCCUGCGGGAGGGAAGGCGCCGGCUCGCCCCUGAACGGGGCGGCGGCAGUGACGCACCUGCGCACGGAACUCCGUCGCCGUCACGCCACGCCCGGCGGGAAGUGAGGUUCUCGGAAGAGCCGCCGGAAGUGUACGGCGACUUCGAGCCCCCGGUGGCCAAAGAUAGAUCUCCGAUGGGAAAACGAAUCCAGCUCAAGGAGUUCCGGCCCCAUGCUACGAAAGAGGAAGUGAGAGAGCGCGCCUACAACCUUCGGUCUCAGCCCCGGAGGCAGCCGCGACUCCAGGAAGCCGUGGAGAUGAGAACGCGAAGGGCUGCGCGCCUCCAGCAGGAGAACUCACAGCAGCCUCCGCCACAGCCGGUGAUGGUCCGGAGACGGUUACGGGACUCGCAUUCCUCUGAAGGUGAGGCGGACGGAGAGGAAGAGCUAUCUCCACAAACUGUUGUAAGCCAAACAGUCUCAAAGAAAACUGUCUGGAGAACACAAGAGACUUCAGUGAUGAGUGGAGAUUCUGUACUCGACCUGCUUAGACCCCCUCUAAGAAGUCCACGAUCUGAUUCAGCAUACAAAACAAAUGGAAAUACUGAAAUGAGUGAAUUAGAAGCCACUAGUGUCCCACAGAAGGUCAAUUUCUCCGAAGAAGGGGACACUGAAGAAGAUGAUCAAGACAUCUCUGAUAGUGCUGUUACUUCUGUUAAGGUCAGAUCCGAGGAGCCUCUUGACUCUGGAGAUCAAACCAGCAGACCAGGUCAACAUUUAGAAUCAUUUUGGCAGUCAUCACAAAGUCAAGACUUCAAAGCUCUUGAUACGCAACAUUCAGUGCCAAGCUCAAAAUAUCAAAAAAACCUUCAAAAUAUCAAAAUAUCAGGAUGUCAAAAAAACCUUCAGGAAAGGGUUGACCAAACCACAAGAAUAAGGACGAAGAUGCCAAAUGACAGCUUUCAGAAAUCAGAGUUUGGAAACCAGUCUCCGUCAACCUUCAGCCAACACAUGACUGGACAACCCAAAAAUGCAUCUUUUGUCAAGAUGAAGUGGUGGUGGUGGCCAAUACUUGUGCUCCUUAUUCUUGUCUUCGGGAGUUGGUGGUACACUCAUGUUCCUGAGGUAGAAAGCACUGCUGUGCAAGAGUUCCAGAACCAGAUGAAACAACUUAUGAUUAAGUACCAAGGUCAAGAUGAGAAGCUGUGGAAAAGGAGCCUAACAUUCCUGGAAAAACAUCUCAACAGCUCCCAGCCUCGUCCUCAGCCUGCUAUCCUGCUGCUGACCGCUGCCCGUGAUGCUGAGGAAGCACUCAAGUGUCUGAGUGAACAAAUCGCUGAUGCCUAUUCAUCCCACCGAAGUGUCCGUGCCAUCCGGAUUGAUGGGACAGGCAGAGCUACCGAGGACAGUGAUGCUGUGAAACUAGAGGUGGACCAAGAACUGAGCAAUGGAUUCCAAAAUGGCCAGAACGCAGCUGUGGUGCACCGCUUCGAGUCCCUGCCCGCCGGCUCCACUUUGAUCUUCUACAAGUAUUGUGACCAUGAAAAUGCGGCCUUCAAAGAUGUUGCCUUAGUCCUGACCGUCUUGUUGGAGGAGGAAACACUUGGAACCAGUCUAGGCCUAAAGGAAAUUGAAGAAAAAGUGAGGGAUUUCCUCAAAGUCAAGUUCACCAACUCUAACACACCCACCUCCUACAAACAUAUGGACCCAGACAAACUGAGUGGGCUCUGGAGCCGUAUUUCCCACCUCGUCCUGCCUGUACAACCUGAAAACGCCCUGAAAAGGGGCAUCUGCUUAUAAGCGGCGACAGAAGAGAAAUCAUGUCCCAAGUGCUGAGAAUUUUUUGGACUUUGUAACCAGAGACAGAAUGCAUCUUUGUGAAAGAACUGUUUUCUCUCUGAAGGAAGUAAAGUUCUAAAUCAUUUCUCCGACCUCUUACCUGUUGUUUGAGAGAAACAUUUCCCUAUUUCCAUUAAGAUUUGUGUUACUGGUAUCAGAGAACUUUAAGUUAUAUGCAGUCCCAUAGAGGACCAGUUUAGAUGCUGGCUGAAUCAUUAUUAUUAUGGAAUGACCAGUAGGACGGACUAGAAAAUCCUUCCUAUAAAGCCUCCCGAUUUUUAACGUAGACUUUUCAGUUUGGUUUUAGUAAGGCAGCUCCCUAAAUGCAACUGUGGGUUUUCCCAUUUUGUUUUCUUUUAGGUGUGAGUUCCUGAGCUUCUGCUUAUAGGAACAAAAGUAACGCGAAGGGUCAUCUGAGUGUGUGUUUGGGUUGUUAUUUUUUCCUUUGAUUUUGGAGGCAAGAACAGAGAGAAUUUGUGGAAUGGGGAAGGAAAGGAGGGAAAAAAUAACUCUUAAAGGUAAAAUGUCAAAUAAGCCACAGAGACUGAGUCAAACAUAGUUAUCUAAACUCCAUUCUCAGUGCAUUUUGUUGGGAUUUGUUUUUCACAUAUCCUUUUUUUACUUUUAAGAAAUUUUUGGUCCACUCAACGAUUGUGAAGCAUGCUAUCACGAGGUUAAGUGUACUUGUUCAUUUGACUUUUAAGGGCAGGUAAAUCCAGAGCGGUUUAUUUUGGAUAUAUCCUUAAGCUUUGUUUUGAAUUUAGAAAUGUAGUUUCUGGGGAAGGGAGGGACUUGGUAGACCAUUUGUUAACCAGCUUUUCUGGGCUAUUGAAGGAUUUAAUUUUCUACAUGUCCACUUGUUACAGUCUCUUUUAGUGACUCUUAUAACAAAUAUAAAGAUGUACUAUGCACAUGAUAAACUUGAGUGCCUCAAGCCAAAAAGAAAGUGAACUUUACCAUGUGUGAAGAAUGUUAAAAUGUACUACUGUACAUUACUGUACUAUAAUAUUUCGGUUAUAUCUUUUGCAUCUGUAACAGCUUUCUCAUCUAUCAAUUGCUUUGAUUUUUCUUAGAAUCUUAAAACCCUAGAGCCAUCUUAUUUUUUUUUAAUGAUCAACAACCCUUUUGAAGAUCCCAUGACUGGUAGUAGUGUGUGGUCUAAUUUCUUCCCCCUAAGACUACCAGUAUUCAUAAAUUUAUACCUCAUAUUGUAAUUUGUUCCUGUCAGAAAUCAGAUCGUCUGACUUAUAGAGGAUUCUAACACAAGAAGAGUUUUUGAAAAGGCUUAUUUUAUACCUAUAUAUUAUACGGAGAAACAAAUUGUUUUUAUUAAAUGUUUCACUGACCAAAAUAAUUUUAAAGUAAUUAAUUUUGCUUACCUUUCUGGAAAAAUAAUUAUAGCAGCUGAUCCAUAAAUGACUUUAAAAGCUAUUUUAGUAAUUUAAAUAAAUUUACUUUUAUUGGUUUGUA